AUGUCGUGGAUCAUUCACACGCUCUCCCGAGCACUGUGGUCGCUAUGGCGCUGUUUUCCCUCUUUCGUGCGCAUUGGGGUCUACGACUGGGCAGAACGACAAUACGGCAAGGCGUCCAAAAGCUACCGUGUACAGAAGCUUCCAUUCGACCUCGUGCUCAAAAGGUGCUCGCGCUCGCCUCAUUACGAAGCAGGAAACAUCCGAUUCAACGCGAACAACACCUCCAUCCCGGUCCCACGUAUUCUGGACGUCGUCGAGUACACCUCGCCGCAGCGGAAACAGCCGUCGGGUAUGAUCAUCAUGACACGACUAGAAGGAGAACCCUUGGACGAGUGGCUUGAUGAUUACACCAUCUAUACGCCCCGCCAAUCCGAGCUGCUUCGGGAACUGAAAAUCUGCAAGAAGAAAGGGAACCGCGCUGCUGUGCACGCCGUCAUAACACAGCUGGAUGCACUGCCCAGGCCAACCCUCGACUUUUCCGAGGCCGGGCCUCUCAUGCAGGACCUCCGCGACGCAUUCACGGAGCUGCGCUCGCUCACGCCGCCAGCGUCGCCGGCCGUCUCCGCGCUCUCUGGAGGGCCUGCCCUCCUCAACCGCGGGGGAGAGCAGGAGUUCAUCGGCCCGUUCCAGGACCAGCAGGAGUUCAAGGACGCCUUGUUCUCCCAGGCGAACAGCGAGCUCUUCCCCCACCGCAUGCCUACUCUCCACCGCCUCGCGGCGCCCGUGCACGCAACGCGCCACCGGAUAUGCUUCACGCAUGCCGACCUCGCGGCACGGAACAUCCUCGUCAAGGACGGCCGCCUGUCGGGGAUCGUCGACUGGGAGUUUUCGGGGUGGUUCCCGGAGUACUGGGAGCUCGUCGCAAUGGAGAUGCAGAUGAUCGACAGGGCGGUCUUGCACCAGUUCUGGGAUGCGGUGCAGCUGUUUGGGCCGGAGCCGUACCGCGAUGUGCUGGCUCUCGAGUGGGCGUUGGGGUGCUGCACGGGGGACAUGAUGGGUGAGGCUGGAGAUGAUAUGUCGUUCCCUCGAAUCACUGGCAAGAACGGGGCGACUCCGCUUGUAGGACAGGACAUACAGUCCGACGUAGUCUUGUCCCCGCCUGCCAGCGCAUCACUGUGA